GUCAAGAAAAUGUUCCCAAUUCAACUUGGGAGAAAAUUUUAAAGCAUAAAAGUCUUCCACUUGUUCAUAAUAAUACUGGUAGUUUUGUUAAAACACAAACACAAUACAAUAAAGAAAAUAUCUCUUUAAGUGAAGCAAACCAAAUCGUUAAAUGUACAGAAACCAAUAACAAAAGCAAGCGAAUUGGUUCUGGUCGAAGAGCUUUUUACCCUGAGGCUGAAAAAUGCUUAUAUAUGUGGAUAAUCAAACAAAGAAAGCAGGCAUUAGCUGUAACUUACGAGAUUAUGCAAAACCUAAUGAUGAAGAUUUUGCAACAACCAGAUAUG